UGGAGCUUUAAAUCAGUUUCUUGUUUACAUUUUCUUGUUUCUCUAUCGACUGUUGGGUGAACAUCAAAGUUAAUUGUUUACUGUGCCAUUUAAUUGUUCUGUUUUCCUGUUGAAUCUUGAGUUAAUUAAUAUGAAUGGAACUUUGGAAAAUGCUAAUCCAUUAAUCUAUGAGCGAAUUGAUAAACGACAAUUCACUGGAACUGAAUUAGAUGAUGAGAUUGACGAUGAUUUUGAUCCAAGGGAAGUGUAUGAUCACAUAAGGAAUAUUAAAGAUCCUGAACAUCCAUUGACACUUGAGGAAUUAAAUGUUGUCUCCGAAUCAAAUGUAAUUGUCGAUGACUCAAAUAAUCUGAUUGAAGUCUAUUUUACACCUACAAUUGAUCGAUGUUCAAUGGCGACUUUAAUUGGACUUUCGAUUAUGGUUAAAUUGAUGAGAUGUCUUCCACCUCGAUUCAAGAUUGAUGUUAAAAUAAGCAAAGGAAGUCAUUCAACUGAGGAAGCAAUUAACAAGCAAUUAAAUGACAAGGAAAGAGUUGCUGCUGCAUUGGAAAAUCCUAGUUUGUUACAAGUAAUCAACAUGUGCCUGAAAGAUUCAAUUUAAUUGUUCCAAUUGACAAUUUUGAGAUGGAAACACUUAUCCUGAUGAUUUUGUUUCCUUCCAAUUGAAUAGAAGGAAAAAUCUACUUGAUUGUAAUCACUAUUUUUCUCUUCUUUUUCUCUUUAUUUCCAUUGGUUUGUUUAAAUAUCUGUAGUAAUUGUAAUUCUCACCUUACUUGGUAAUUGUUGUUGUUUCAUAAAAAAAAGUAACAGAGUGAAGAGCAAUUUAUAAUUUUGACUAUUUCUGACCUUAUUUGAAUAAAUUCCUACUAUUUUAUUUUUAAAUGAAA